AUGAGCGAAGAAAGUAAACGAAGAGAGGCACUCAUAUACCAUGCGAAACCCACUCCGGGUAAAAUCAAGGUAGUUCCUACCAAAAAAUAUGCAAGCCAACGCGAUUUAUCCUUGGCGUAUUCUCCAGGUGUAGCAGAGCCUUGUUUGGAAAUCGAAAAAGAUAAAAAUCAAGCUUACAGAUAUACAGCUAAAGGCAAUUUGGUAGCGGUAAUUUCUAACGGAACAGCAGUUUUAGGUUUAGGAAAUAUUGGCCCUGAGGCUUCAAAACCUGUGAUGGAAGGGAAAGGACUGCUCUUUAAAAUUUUUGCAGAUAUCGAUGUGUUUGAUAUUGAAGUAGAUACUGAAAAUGUAGAUGCAUUUAUUGAAACUGUAAAAAAUAUUGCACCAACUUUUGGAGGUAUCAACCUUGAAGACAUUAAAGCCCCCGAAGCGUUUGAAAUCGAAAGACGUUUGAAAGAGGAACUGGAUAUUCCAGUAAUGCAUGAUGACCAGCAUGGUACAGCCAUUAUUUCAGCCGCAGCUUUGAUAAAUGCAUUGGAACUUGCUAAAAAGAAUAUUGAAGACGUUAAAAUUGUAAUUAGUGGUGCGGGAGCUGCAGCAAUUUCGUGUUCACGCUUAUACCAAUCCUGUGGGGCGAAGCGUGAAAACAUGGUAAUGUUAGAUAGUAAGGGGGUAAUUCGUGAUGAUAGGGAUAACCUUACCUCACAAAAAGCAGAAUUCGCUACGCAUAGAAAAAUCGAUACGCUUGAUGAAGCUAUGGUUGAUGCUGAUGUAUUUAUAGGGCUUUCCAUGGCAGACAUAGUUACACCCGAGAUGCUGAAAACCAUGGCGAAAGACCCCAUAGUUUUUGCAAUGGCAAAUCCAAAUCCUGAGAUAAAAUACCAAUUAGCGGUAGAUACGCGCGAUGAUAUCAUUAUGGCCACAGGGCGUAGCGAUCAUCCAAAUCAGGUAAAUAAUGUAUUAGGUUUUCCAUUUAUUUUUAGAGGUGCGCUAGAUGUUCGUGCUUCAAAAAUAAAUGAGGAAAUGAAAAUUGCUGCUGUAAAAGCCUUGGCAGCUUUGGCUAAAGAACCUGUGCCAGAACAGGUAAAUGUAGCUUACGAACAAACCCGUUUGGCAUUUGGUAGAAAAUAUAUCAUUCCUAAACCA